AUGGGCUGUUGGAAUGCGCUGACCUCCAGCAUGUUUGACUAUGAAACCCAGAAGGUGGUACAGAUAAAUUCCAAGAAGAUUGGCUGCACAUUCCGUCUGAUUCAACUCUGCAUCAUUCUGUACGUCAUCAUCUGGGUGAUGAUUUAUGAGAAGGGUUACCAGUCCUUUGACGAAGCCGUUAGCGGGGUGACAGCCAAACUCAAGGGCGUCGCCUUUGCCAACCUGACCAACAACUCCAACAUCGGUGCCAUGGUCUGGGAUGCCGCGGACUACGUCAUUCCGCCCCAGCAGCGCUCCGCAUUCUUCGUCAUGACUAACCUGGUUAUUACACCCGGACAGACCCUGGGAGCCUGCGAGGAAGCCCACGAUGUGUACGGAAAUGACUGUCAGUCUGAUGAGGACUGCCACGCGGGAAACAUUGUGAUGCUGGGCAGUGGGGUGCAGACGGGUAAAUGCGUGCCUUCCACACGGCAGGCCGGACUGAAGGUGUGUGAAGUCUACGGCUGGUGUCCCACUGAACACGACAUCACACCGACAGACUUCGUUCUAGCCAACGCGCCAAAUUUCACUGUCAUGCUAAAGAACAGCAUUGAAUUCCCGCGCUACCAGGUGAAGCGCCGAAAUAUCCUCAGCUGGAUGGACAAACAGUUCCUCUUCACCUGUCGCUACAACCCCUAUGAUGAGAAAAUGAAGUACUGUCCAAUAUUUUCCCUCGGGGAUAUCAUGAAUUACACUGAAGCGGAGAAUAAGCAGAUCUGGAAGCAGGGUGGUAUGGUGUCGAUUCACAUUGAAUGGAACUGCAAUCUCGACUACGACGAGGAACAAUGCCUGCCCAAGUACGUCUUCCGCAGACUGGAUGAUUUCGACAGCAUCGUGGGCAAGGGUUGGAACUUUCGAUACAGCUACCACUACAUGGAGAACGGCACGCGAAUGCGCAACCUCAUCAAAGCCUACGGCAUUCAAUUUUUCAUCACUGUGUACGGAAAGGGCGGCAAAUUUAACAUGCUCACUUUCUCAAUGAAUCUGGGCUCCGGUCUGGCCCUACUGGGAAUCGCCACUGUCCUCUGUGACAUGAUCGUCCUCAAUGUUACCCGCAAACGGAACCUCUACCGAGACGCCAAGGUGGACUUGGUGGCUCAGCAAAAAAAGAUUGUUAAAAACCAAUACCUAAAAUUUGCCGCGAGUCAACGCAAUAAAGGUGAUAAGGGUCCGGACGAAGGCGCGGAUUGUGAUGUGGCAGUGAGGGAGGCUUGUGAAAAUGACCAAAGCCCAACAGGUUCGAGGAAGGCAAUACCUCUUGAGAAUGGACAGAGGCUGGAGGGCGAACAGCAUCUCGGAAGCAGGCCACCAGCGGUCAAGAGCACUGGGGGACAAUAUGCGCCCUCGCUUCCACUGCAUGUUAUCAGCUCCGGUCAGGUGAAACAACGUAGCUGA